GAGACAGACAGACAGAGAGACAGACAGACAGACAGAGACAGACAGACAGACAGACAGACAGCAUGUCUCCCUCCCAGUCCUCACUACUACUGCUACUGCUGAUGGUCUCCUGCUCCUGGGCCACCCACUUUUUAGGAGGAACCAUGACCUUCAACCCCAGAGGGACCAACCCAGACGGAACCUACAGGGUGGACCUUGAUUACAAGAUAACCUUCCACUCUACCGUCUGCCAAACUGAUACCUGGUAUUGUAUCAGUGGGGACUGUGGGAAUGAGAUCAGUUUAGUGGUUAACACCGUGGACCAGGGGAUAUCUGAGGACUGGUGUCAGACAGAGGGAGUCAUGACUAGACACGUCUCCAAUAACACACAGACCUUUGAUCUGCUAUUGGAUGGCGGAAACUGGAUAGACAAUGAUAAUUCUGUUCGUGCUUGGAGGCUGUGGACUCAUGUGGAUCUUGGGGUCAGGUCUGACACGAAGACAGUCAACCGAUCUCCACAGACCACUGUCGUACCUCUGAUGCGUGUCCCUGCUAAUUGUCCAAGAGAUUUCAACCUGUUGCCGUUUGAUCCAGACGGGGAUGAGGUCAGAUGCAGAUAUGCAGUACCAACGGACGAGUGUGUCACAUCAAGUGACCUUCCUAAUGACUUCACUCUACAAGAGAACUGCACCUUGUCAUUUUGGGGCAACAGUAGUACCACUGGAACAUAUGCAGUUCAGUUAGUGAUGGAGGAUUUCCCGACUCAGUCCAUCUCUCUCUCCUAUACUGACGGAUCUCAAUAUAUCAUGACCUCAAACAACACACUCUGCAAUCUACCUGUUCACUUUGCAGUGAGAGUGGACCCCCCGGUGACAUCCUGUCUGGAGGGGUUGUACCUACCCAUGUUCCUGUCUCCAACACCAGCCCAGGGUGCACUGCUCUACGCCUCUGCAGACCAACCCCUGGAAAUCACUGUCAGAGCACAGGCUACCCAGUCCACGGUUUCAGAGCUGUUGGUGAGUGGGCCUUCCAGUAUCACAGAGAACAGCACUGUCUCAGGAGAGUACCUUCUAAGAUGGACGCCCACUGAGGAUGAGGAGGGAGGGUACUAUCCUGUGUGCUUCAUCGCUCAGGGAGUGAACGACAGUUUCAUGUAUCACUCUGAGCUGCGCUGUUUGAUCGUCAGGGUUGGAAACACAAGUGCCAUCAGAACAACAGAGGAACCAACAACCUCCCCUCCUCUGACAAUAAACCUAACGACCUCAGCGGAACCAACAACCUCCCCUCCUCUGACAAUAAAACUAACGACCUCAGCGGAACCAACAACCUCCCCUCCCCUGACAAUAAACCUCACAACAACAGCGGAACCAACAACCUCCCCUCCUCUGACAAUAAACCUAACAACCUCAGCGGAACCAACAACCUCCCCUCCUCUGACAAUAAUCCUCACAACCACAGAGGAACCAACAACCUCCCCUCUUCUGACAAUAAACCUAACGACCUCAGCGGAACCAACAACCUCCCCUCCUCUGACAAUAAACCUAACGACCUCAGCGGAACCAACAACCUCCCCUCCUCUGACAAUAAUCCUCACAACCACAGAGGAACCAACAACCUCCCCUCCUCUGACAAUAAACCUAACGACCUCAGCGGAACCAACAACCUCCCCUCCUCUGACAAUAAACCUAACGACCUCAGCGGAACCAACAACCUCCCCUCCUCUGACAAUAAACCUCACAACCACAGAGGAACCAACAACCUCCCCUCCUCUGACAGUAAACCUCACAACAACAGUGGAACCAACAACCUCCCCUCCUCUGACAAUAAACCUCACGACCACACAGAUUGCACUUGCACUUCCAACUACCACCCAAACAACUACUGAACUCACAACCACAAAUGUCAGUACGUACGCACCCACAACUACCACUGUGACCACAGCAUCCACAACUUUAAGUGCACACCCAACCACCGAUCUCACAACCCAUAUUGUGGACAGUACAACAACGAGCAGUGGGCCUCGAUACGUUGUUGUACUGAGGAUAAAACUGUCCUCUCUGAUCCCACUAACAGAUGAUUACAUCCGAAACGUGGUUUUACAGCAGCUCCGUGAGGAACUGAUCAGACAAGGGCUGCCAGGGGACUUCGCGCUACGCCUGAGAGCCACCCAUGGGAUCAGUUCCUGAGGGAGGAACAGGAAUUCAGAUCGACAUUCUUCACUCCUACUUGUCUUGUCUUCCUGGUUCUGAUUCUGCAGAAAGUUUUUUGAAGAAGAAGUGGUUCCUUAUAAUGACAGAAUAUGAUUUGUACUAAUCUCUUGGGACAGACGCACGUAACAUAAAUGAUGGUUUUUGUUCUGGGUUGCCAGGAUUAGUUGAAUGGACUGACAGUGCUUCUGACUGGAUAUUAGUUGAAUGACUAAAAUGUAAAGGAUUUAUGUCUACAAGAAGAAAUACAACAUAAAUAUGUUUGGUAAUGUACAGAGGUAGACUGGGGUUCUUUCCUGUUUGGUAAUGUAUAGAGGUAGACUGGGGUUCUUUCCUGUUUGGUAAUGUAUAGAGGUAGACUGGGGUUCUGUCCUGUUUGGUAAUGUAUAGAGGUAGACUGUUUUUUUUUCCUGUUUGGUAAUGUAUAGAGGUAGACUGGGGUUCUUUCCUGUUUGGUAAUGUAUAGAGGUAGACUGUUUUUUUUUCCUGUUUGGUAAUGUAUAGAGGUAGACUGGGGUUCUUUCCUGUUUGGUAAUGUACAGAGGUAGACUGGGGUUCUGUCCUGUUUGGUAAUGUAUAGAGGUAGACUGGAGUUCUUUCCUGUUUGGUAAUGUACAGAGGUAGACUGGGGUUCUUUCCUGUUUGGUAAUAUCCAGAGGUAGACUGGGGUUCUGUCCUGUUUGGUAAUGUAUAGAGGUAGACUGGGGUUCUUUCCUGUUUGGUAAUAUCCAGAGGUAGACUGGGGUUCUUUCCUGUUUGGUAAUGUACAGAGGUAGACUGGGGUUCUUUCCUGUUUGGUAAUGUACAGAGGUAGACUGGGGUUCUGUCCUGUUUGGUAAUAUCCAGAGGUAGACUGGGGUUCUGUCCUGUUUGGUAAUAUCCAGAGGUAGACUGGGGUUCUUUCCUGU